AUGGCAGAUGGAAAAUCGGAACAUCUUUUCUCUUUAAUUAGUCAGAAGGUUGAUGAAAAGAAUUAUGGAAAUGAUUAUGAAAUUAGAGAUUUAAAAAUCAUAGAAACUUCUAAUCCUUCUGGAACAGUUGUGACUUUUUAUGCCAACGGAGAAGCAAUUGCAGAAGUUCAUGAAAGUAUUUUCAUAAAAGUAGGAAAAAAGGAACAAAGCAAUGUUCUUCUCAACACCAUUAUUAGCGUAGCAGCAGGAGCAGCAAUCGGAGCAGCAACUGGUGGAGUUGGAGCGGCCUUUAGCACCGCCAAGGCAGCAACAUUUGCUACUGGAGCAGCGGCCGGAGCAGCCAAAGGAGCCACAGCCAGCGGACUAGGGGCAGCAGCAGGAGGAAUUAAAGGAAAAUUGUUGAAUUAUGGAGAAAGCACUCGUCAAGAAUUUACUAUUGAUGAAUUUCAACAUAAAUUUAUGAGAAGCGGAUAUACUCCGGUCAAAAUAGUUUUAGAACAUGAUAAAGAAGUAAUUAACCAAGAAGGGUUUGUUAAAUUUCAUUUUCACACUUUAAACAUGUAUAGUCUUAUUGAAAGCAAAGAGAGUAAACAGUGGUUUAAAGAUAAUUUACAAACUGGUUCUACAACUUCUGGAGAUAAUGAUACUUUGGAAGAAGAAGGUGGCGGUGAGGAAAUUUUGGCUAGUUUUGACAAAAACAAGGCACAAGCCAUGCAAGUUGAGGUAGCAUUAUCACAGGACAAAGGAAUGCUUUUUGUUGGGGAUGCGACUGCAAAGCGUUUGAGGCUCCAAUAG